CACGUGAUGUGAUUGACCGGUGAAGACGGUUGCAAAAAGGACACAGUUUGGGUGGUUGGGGUUAAAAUGCCGGGAAAUUUGGAAAUAAAUCGUAAAAGUGAAUCCAUAUGGAUUAGCUGACUUUAUCGUGAUUACCUAGCUUUAAAGAAAGCAAAUAGUUAUUUCUUGGUGUUUUAUUCACUAUCUUGGACAAUUUAAGAACUUAAUUGAGCUAGACCGCUAGCGAGCUAAACUAUAGCCACUUUGCAUUCUUCAUCUCCCGAGUGUAAAAAUGGUAGUAGAGCACCAGUUUCAAGGUAGCUUCAGCGUCACCAAAAGAGUUCUUAUUUACAAACUCAUAAUCUUGGAACAAAUCAGAAACACGCUGGAGAAAGAACUUCGAACUUUUACUGAAAAGGUAAACGAGGCGGUACAAGACUUUCUGAACAUGACCGAUGCAAGAGCGACACAGGACUGCGCCGAACUUAUAACGACUUUAAAUUUAAAAUGCAACAUAAUUCAACAGCUUGCAACAUUUUUCCAGGAGCUUAAAUUGGGUAUAGAGCCUCCGUGUGGUUUAAAAGUACCUACAGUAACAGAAACUCUCUGUCCACGUGUUUUAAGUAUGCCGAUGUCAUAUUGCACGUCUGGGAGCAGAGAGAUCAGGGUCUCUGACGUGCUUCGCUUCGGACCCAUGUUGCAGAACGCUCUGAUGGCGACCUCUAUAACGAAUGCAGUGCAGACAUUUGGAGCUAUGCUAUCUCUCCACCAUAUACAGAUGGCCCUGGCCACUCAGUCAGAGGUGGUCCUACGCUCUGCUUCCUCAAGUUGUGCGCUUAACAUUGAGGUGUGCGAUUCACUGUCUGGAGACAAGAGAGAAAGCAUACCAGUGGCAAGCGAGAGAGGGAGGGUGUAUCCACUUCAGGGACCAAGACACCACCCUGGCCUGAAGAAUGUUUUUGAGGAUCCACAGGAAUUCCCUAUACAGAAGGUGCAUUCUGUGGUUCAGCACAUAUCUCCACAAUUCACGGAGUGGGAGCAGGGGAACUGUCUCAGGGUUCAGCAUCAGAAGCAAACCGCGUCUCAGCUAAUACGCUUCAUAAGGAACAGCGGCGACAAUGACGUGCAGGUCACGUUCUUCAAAGGGAAACCCUCGGCAACGCCACGGCAGCAUGAGGUCACGGAUAAAAAGGCGGCAGACAAGGAGAGCAAAGUCCCAGUUAGUUUAGAGAAACGGCAGUUUUCCAGCCUGGUUCCUGUGUUCAAACCGAAGGGAAACGUUAGCGCUGGCUGUUUAAUCUACAGCUGUGUUGUGGCCACUAAACGCGAGUUGUGGGACGUCGCCGAUAUUUUCACCGAAGGUGCCUGUGACGUCUCUGAAAAGCCUCUGGGGCAGGAGCCAGAGUCGCCCGUCGACAGCUGCGGCGAGUCGUACUUCGAAGUCCUGGGAGUGUCGCGGCAGGGACCGUCGUCCGCGGGUCAAAGCCAAUUGUCUGCAGCUGUGAAGCCCGAUGUCGGCAGCGGUCCUCCUAUCGCGGGGCCAGCUCCCGUGAGCAGAGUCGACGCUGCUGUCAGAAUCCCCGAAUUUAAAAUCCGCAAGUUUGAAGAGAUGGAAGUGACCGUCUCCCACGUGGUCAGCCCCAGCGACUUCUUCAUCCAGCACGUCAGCUCUGAGCUCCAGCGGCUGCCUCAGAUGAUGGACAGUAGUCUUAAAUCCCGCAGCUCUCUCGCGCAGAUGAACUGCGUUCCAGACAUAGGUGCCUGCGUCGCAGCCUGGUUCUCCGAGCACAAGCUGUGGUGCCGCGCCCAGGUGCUCAGAAUCUGCGGCAUGCAAGCAGAUACCAGCCAGACUGUGAGUGACGGGGAGGGGACGGGGGCAGACGGGAGGCACAUUGAACUGGAGGUGCGAAGGAUCGAUUUUGGGGACACUGCCCGCCUGCCCCUGUACCGCCUCAGAGAGCUGGACGCACAGACGGCCGGCGUGCCGCAGCAGGCCCUGCAGGUGGCGCUAGCGAACGUGUCUCCAGUGAACGGGCAGGACUGGACCCCAGACGCGGUGGACUGGUUUAAGGACAAAGUGAAGGGGAGGACCCUGUACGCCCGUCUGUACCCCCAGGGGAAAGACGUCAGGAUAGAGCUCUUCAUGGAGAAGGGCAAGAUUGGGGCGAUGAGGAGGGGCUCCUCGCUGUCUUUGCGACUGGCCCAAAAUGGCCACGCCCACCAUGAUAACCUGAAACGCUGGAAAGGCAGUGUCCUACAGAAGACCAGAGGGAAGGCUUCACAGUGGGAGAAACACCUCAUUUCAUGUUAUUCUCAACAUCCCACAGCUGGAACGCUGCCCCCGGCCCCACGUUGUUUCAGCACCAGCGUCUGUCAGUGCCAGGGCAAUGAGGGUGGGGUCUAUGACACGCUGGUCAUGUGGCUCGGAUACACUUCUGCCAUUGGCUUCAGAACAGGUAGUCAGGUGACCACCCGCAUGGGAAUUGUUACACACACACACACACUUAUUUUUUUCUGUUCCUGCGUUUCAGACCUGGAAGCGAAAAUGAACUGGGCGUCCUUUUAUGCCGUGAUCAGCGGCGUAAACAGGCACUCCACAGGCAUCGGCCGCAUCUGGCUGUCCGUCCUCUUCAUCUUCCGCAUCCUGGUGCUGGUGGUGGCGGCCGAGAGCGUGUGGGGCGACGAGAAGACGGGCUUCACCUGCAACACCCAGCAGCCCGGCUGCAACAGCGUCUGCUACGACCAGUUCUUCCCCAUCUCGCACAUCCGCCUGUGGGCCCUGCAGCUCAUCCUGGUCUCCACCCCGGCCCUGCUGGUGGCCAUGCACGUGGCCCACCGUCGCCACGUCGACAAGAAGCUCCUCAAGCUGUCGGGCCGCGGCGCCAGCGCCAAGGACGUGGAGGAGAUCAAGAGCCAGAAGUUCAAGAUCAUCGGCGCCCUCUGGUGGACGUACACCGUCAGCAUCGUUUUCCGCAUCGCCUUCGAGGCCGCCUUCAUGUACAUUUUCUACCUCAUCUACCCUGGCUACAAGAUGCUGCGGCUGGUCAAGUGCGACUCGUACCCGUGCCCGAACACGGUGGACUGCUUCGUCUCCCGGCCCACGGAGAAGACCAUCUUCACCAUCUUCAUGCUGGCGGCGUCGGGCGUGUGCGUCCUGCUGAACGUGGCCGAGCUGGCCUACCUGGUGGGCCGGGCCUGCGUCCGAAACCUCCGGCGCACAGAGGCCCCGCCCAAGGGCGUGUGGCUGUCCCAGAAGCUCUCCUCCUACAGGCAGAAUGAGAUAAACCAGCUGAUCGCCGAGCACUCCCUCAGGGCCAAGCUCAGCGGAACCCGCCGGAACCCCGUGGACAAGGAGGAGAAGUGCGCGGCGAGUUAGACCGCGUGGUCAGAGCCAGAGCCCGUUCUGGGCUGGCGAGCUUGAACCCCGGGGAUCGAACCAUCUCCCAUGCCUCUCGUAUAGCACUACCCUGCAGUAACAGCCGUCCGUCCGUUUUUACUGACGGCACCGUGGUGGAAAACAGCCUUGUUCCUUCUACCUGGAAUAUCUGUUUGAAAAACUGUGAGGAAGUCGAGUUCAGAGUGAGGAGGCUUUUCUUGCUUCACAGCAAUUCAUGGCCAUUCACAAAAUGUUUAUUGAGGAAUAUUUCAUGACUUACAAAGCACAGAAACUGUAAAAAAAAACAAUCUUUUUAAAGACGGUAUUCUUAAAUGCGCUGUAGAGUAACUAUCACUAGUGUCACAGGGGAUCACAGUUCUAGAAAAUGGCUCAUCAUUUAUGAGCGUGCUUUAAAGCUGCCUCUGUAGUCCAUCAACUGAAAAACAUUCCAAGAUUUUAACUAAAUGUUCUUUAGUGAUCUGUCUCAACAUUAGCGGCAAAACUCAUUUUCUCAUUUUCCUGGGAGCGAGUCUAUAUAAAUGCGACUAAUUUUCCUCCAACUCCACUCUGUGAGCUUGGCUUUACUGUGCAACGUGAAAAUAAACAGCUGGUGACACCACAUGUUUUGGAGGAGAACCACAGAUGUCUACACUCUCUAAGAAUCAGCAGUGGGAUUUGCACUUGAACGAGACGGUUGCCGGUAAUUGGACUUCCUAAACUGGGGUGGUAUUGGAUGUGUUCAGCCGCACCCCGGGUGGUAAAUUUAUAGGAGAAAAAACAGCAGAAUAAAACCUUCAAAGCUUGAAUUCUUUGCAGGAAAUAUUUAAUAGAAACUACACAUAUGCAGUCCAUUUCCUAUGUAGGAAUUACAGAGCAAAAUAAUCAGUGCAACAAAAACAGGAAAUCAAACAGGAAUUAACUAUAAUAGUAAGAAAGCAAAUCAGGUUGAAGAGAUGUCAUUUGUAUGAGGGGAGCUUAUUGUACAUUGAGCAUAACCACUUUCUCUCUACACUGAUGUUGACAAACUGGCUGUGAAUUCAAAGCUGCUUCUCAGAAUCUAAAAGAUUGUUUCAGUAAUCUAUGAUCUCCAAAGUGUUCCAGUUUUUUUAAACUAAAAUGACACUCAACAGAUUUCAGAGCCAAGAGACUCUAUAUGUAUUAUGUCACUCCUUUCAUUGACUAUGUGCAGUGUUUGAAUGCUUUCUCCUCUUCUGAAGUGAUGUCAGAAUAAUAUUUUGCCAAAUUCUGAGGCUUUUGUUUUUUCUUUGUGAUAUUGCAGUUAAAACACAUUUAUGAAAUCUUGUGUGUGUUUUUCGGUUCAGGUCACAAAGAAUAAUUUGACCCAUUUUGCAAAGCAUGGCCAAAAUAAGACAUUUGUCAUACCUGUCUCACAUUGUUGUAUAUUCAGGUCCUUGAGGGCCCCAGUGUCUGCAGGUAUGUGUGGUUUCCAUUCAAUCAGCUGCUAAUUAGGGCCAUAAGAAGAAGGUGUGUGGAUUCUUUAGCCAAUCAACAAGUUACAAUUACAAAUUACUGGUGCUGAAGCACAGACCAGCAGACAAUGCAGCCCUCCAGGACUGGAUUCUGAUACCUGUGGUGGAGAACUAUGACGACUUUCAAUUUAGCACAUUAUCAAUAUAUUGAUUAGUUUGUGUGUGUGUGUGUUGUCAACUCUGAUUUGUCAUCACUGAUUAACCUGUGUUUGCCUGUUUAACUGCAUACUGUUUUAACUACACUUAAAGAAAAUAGCAGUGUAAAUAGGAUGUAAUGAAUUGGAAUAUGUGGCAAUGUUAGAAUGGACGUGUUAGAAUGUUAGAAUAGUAUAGGAGUGCUUCCAUUAUUUAAUGCUCAACUGACUUUGAUGAACUAUUGACUGUGUACUUGAAAAUAAAUAAUGUGUACUAUUUAAAAGGCAUAUUACAUAUUUAUCACAGUGUAUUUCAAAAUUAUACAGGUUUUGGCUCAGAAAUGGAAGUCAGAAAUGUAAAUACCAAAAAACCUUUCAAAAUAUUUUGUUAAAAAAAUUAUUUUCUGUACGACACUAAUGUCCUACUGAGUCAUUUUAUUUUAAAAAUCAAUAGAAGUACCUUAUUUACAGGGUACAACCUGUGAUGACUUGUUUGUUAUUAACAAUUACAAUUAAAAUGUAAUUUAAAUUCA